GGUCUGCCGGGAUCGCGUCUAGGUGGACAGGGCCCGUGAUGUUGCCAGCAGGUAGAGCUUUUAGUGCAUUCCAGCCUUUCGGUGCUGACUCAGUUGACGCACAUCAGGGGGGUGCGGAGGCCUUCGGCGGAAGUGCCGGUGCGGCCAUGUGUGUGCCGGUGGAGAGUGGUGGUGACAAGGGGGGGGCUUGUGGUUCGCAAAGGGGGGCCUGCGGCGAUGCGUGUGGACGUCCCUGUCCACAAAAUCCCCCGGGUGGGGCGGGGCCAGCAGGUAUGCAGGCGUGCGGAGGUGGCCAAGAUCCCGCGGUUGGCAUGCAGUGGACUGCAAUCCAGUCUCCAGUGCCUUCGCGUCAUGACCGUGGGGGGAUUGCAAACACCGCGUCACGUGGGCAGGUCGAUUGCAAUAUUGACCUGUAUAUGCAAGACAACGACUGGGGCGGCAACGACAUCUUAUCUGGGGACACGGUUCUCGUGCAUUCGCCGAACAGAGACAAUGAAGCAGAUGACGAAAAUGAUGGCCACGGGAUAGGAUCACAAGCAGACGAGGGCACCGAACCGCAUGGGGUUCAUAGCACACAGGAGGGUUGUAAUGGCAGCCAAGAACCAUUGUCGUCGCAACGAGAAACAACCCAGUUGGAUGCUGAUGGUUCCCAGGGAGCGGCACGCACCCGCAAACGAGGGGAUUGGGCCCAUCUUGACACCAUGACACUUAUAUGUGCAAAAGGUGAGCGGUACGUUGCACGUGCCAUAAAUUCCGAAGAUAUGGGCAAUGGUCGCACGUCUAAGCAAGCUUGGGUGGAGAUUGCAAACACUUUGACUGCUGCAGGUUUCAAAAAAACGUGGCUUGAAUGCCGGACCAGGUGGCGCAACAUAUGGUCCACGUACAGACAAGUGACAACCCUUCAUAGGGGAAGCGGGGCCCAGAGCUACUGGAGGAUAACCUCAGCAGAGCGCAAUGAUAAGGGAUUCAAUUUCAUACUUCGCAAGGAUUGGUUCGACCUGCUUGAGGUGUUCUACUGGAACGACAAGUCUGUGCACCCCAGCAACUGCGAAGAUCCGGGUUCCAGAUUCGAGGAGGGGCAGAGCUGCCCGCCUGGUGGUGCAUCGGGCGGAGGUGCAGCCUCACCGGAUAGUGCUCCCGCUGAGGGAGCACCUGCUGCGGCUUCGGACAGUGCCCCCACACAAGGAGCAUCUGCUGCCACUUCUGACAUUGCCCCCGCACAGGGAGCAGGCAACAGUGAUCCACCCCCCUCAUACAAGAGGGCACGGACUGCCCAAAACGCACGAAAGAAGUCGUUCAAAGAAUUGGGAUCGUGGAUGCAGGCACAGACUGGUGCUUUGAAGCACCACACAGACACAACAUUGAAGUGUGCGGAGCUGACCGUAUCCGCCAUCGACCGCCAAUCCUCAACUGCUGCCGCUGUGCAGCGAGAUUGUGCGCAGCUGAUAGCGCAGAAGAUGGAAUACGGGUGGAAAGUCAUAGCUGACCUUGUGCGGGAGUCCCAUCUGGCCCGUGGUAACUGUACCAGCCGUCCUGCAACAGGCGAAUUCCCGCCCACGGACCACGGCACAGCCACCACGAGCUGUUCGCAGGGCACAGAGGAGUUCCGUGGCGCCGCACGGCGGGCGUCAUGAUUUUUUUUUUUUUUUUUUUUUGCAUCGUCCACCUUGUGACAUCUACCAGUGUAUUCUGAGUUGAG